GGACCACAACAGAAAUUGAGUUUGACACCCUUGCAUUGCACCAUCCCCAUGAAUAUGUGAUUGUAUCAUGCACUGAAAAAGCUUCAUUUCUCUCACAAAAUAAGCCAGAAUGAGGGGAAGAAUUGCUCUCACAAAAUAAGCCAGAAUGAGGGGAAGUCCAUGCUAUGCAUGUUCAAAUUCCCCCUUUCAAGUAUUUUGCCUUUCUAUUAUAUGACAAGGUUUAGGAAAAAGUUUAAAUGUGAAUUACAUUUAAUUAAAUAUCACUGUUAUGGUUAUUCAUGAUACAUUAUUAAAUUCAAUUUUGUUCUAACUAAAAAUUAAGAAUACAUGAAACUUUUUGAAAGAUUUGUGAGAGGCAAUACACAGAACUUUUGAUUGUAAUUGUGGAACGCAAUACUUCAGUCUUUCAGAGGACCUGGCUUCUUUGAAAAUAUUCAAAUAUUGUUCAUUGAUGAUUCUGCAUCAAAGAGAUGAAAAAGCAUUGAUUAUGGUUUCCUAAUCAUUAUGUCAAUUUUUUCAUAAUGGAAGACUGACAAAAUUAGACAGGUUGGACUUAGAAGGAGCCUUGAUAUGUAGAUAAAUGGGCUGGAAAGUAUGGAGCCAGAAUAAGAAGUUAAGGCCAUUCUUUUAAAAUUGCUUCUUAACCACAAUUUCCCCUCUAUCCUUUCUUUCAUUAAUUGUAGCUAAAUCUCUUUUUUUCUUGCACUAUCCAGCUCCAAAUCCCGAUUAAAUUUUUCAAGCCAGUGAAAUAUUCAUUACUUUUGGCUAGAAAAAAAAAUUUCUUUUACUCCAAAGGUGUUAAGGUUCCUACUCAAAUUUCCUGAGGUAUAUUCUCUACUUAACAUCAAAACAAAACUAUUCAUCUCUCGCUUUCUCUCUUUUGGCUUUGUAGUAUUUGAGCUUUAUAUUUAUUUUUCAGUAUUUGCCUUCCUUCAUUUUGUAAUUCCACUUUUUCUCUAGUCACAUAUGAGACUUUAUACUCCCAAUCUUCAUUUCUCCAUCAUGGCGGCUUGUUUUGAGGUAAAAAAACAAAUUUGAGCUUUCUCUUCAUUUUGGUCCCCUCAUUUCAAGGCUGAGUUUGCCAUCAACUACAAGACACAGGUUGGGUUUCAGAGAGGGACUUUUGUUCCUCGUCUUUUGACUGCCCUGCCAUUUCUGACAGGAUUUUGCUCAUUUUUGAUGCUUUCUGGCAAGAGAUCCUUCAGACAAGCUGCUCUUCAGGAAAGGGAUUUUUAAGUCUUCACAAUAUCAGAGAUGGUUCUUUGAGAUUAAAAAUGGAAAAUCUAGAAACUGAUGCUUGCCAGAGAGGCCACUUCCUUUCUAGAUAGACAAAUUUUCGAGAGAAUCUUUACUUUGAAUCUAAUGCCCAUCAUCCCAGACCCGCAUGGAACAUGACGUCCUGCGCCCUUGCAAGAUCUUCGCGCAAUGCGCAUAGGAUCCUCCAGGGGGCUCCCUGGAAGAGCGGGGCAGUUUCCUCCCGCCCAUGUGUUACAAGAGAACUGAGCAUGCGCUGGUCUCUUUCCCAAGCCAAGGGAGAUGCAUUCUUUGCGAGGCAUUUUCCAGCAAAGGCUUGAAAGGUUGUCCGCUCUUUUUACGGUGUCCGAGUCUCCUCCCCCCCCCUUCGCUGUGAGCCUUUGGGUGAGUCUUUCUAGCAAAGGAAGGGGCUGCAAGGAGGUUUUCAUGGUUCGAGAUCCAGACGUGAUUCAAGGUGCAGUGAUGGGGCAGUGAUGGGGCUUUUCUCCCGCGCUGGAGGCUCGCAUUGGAGACAUGCAAACCUUCAUCAGGUUUAGAAUCGUGGGAUGGGGGGUGGGAAAGGUGAUGAUCCCAUGUUCCCCUGCCGCCCCUGUGCAGACACGAGUCAGGCACGGGAGAAAGUAAAGUUUCGCGCCCUUCGCUUUGCCCCCAGGGGAAAAAAAAACCCAGGAUCGCAGGACGCUCCAUUUCGAUGGGAAAACCUCUGCCUGGGAGAGGGAGGAGGAGAGGUCGUCUUUGCAGAACGGAUUUGUGUCUCCAAGUCAGCCUUGACUCCGGGACAGUUUUCUGCAAACUUCUUGGCCCCGUUUUCAGAAGGGAUUUCGCUCGCCUCCCCCUUCCUAGACCGAGAGAAGCGAGCGGUCGGAGUCCCUUCUGCUGGCUUCGCAAGCAAGGCUUCAUCUGCGCGUGCAAGGAGUUGGGUGCGAGGUGUGCAAAGACUGGAACUCGGUGUCCCGCUUUCCCGCCUUUCCCCAUUGUCACCUGUUUGCUUCUCCCAAAGAAAGAAGAUGUUGCAGGAGGGAGCUGCUCCUUGGAUUGAGAGAGAUGCAUCAUUCACACACUAUGAUUAAGCCUGUGUUUUUUGUCAAGUUGUCCUUUGUAAAGCCUGGUUUUUGAACUCCCUAGUUGCUUUAUUUAGUUAUUAAAUAGAUUUAGAGAGACCUUCAUGUCAAUUGCUCUGUGACCUGGGGCAUUUAGGGUUUGGAUUGUGUUGCUCUUAACUAUGCAGCCGUAGAAAUGAUAUUAAACUCUCUAUUAAAUUAUAUGAAAUAAAGUUAUAGUUAGCCAUAGGGAGCUAUUUGGCUCAUUGAUGAAAGCUUUAGACUUGAAACCAGGAGAUUAAGUUCUAGUCCAACUUUUGGCAUGAAAGCCUUGAGCUCAUCCCAACUCAUCCCAAUCUACUUCACAGGGCUGUUGGGAAAAUAGAAAGAACAAUGACAACAAAAAUAAUAAUACAUAACAGAAGACAUCAAGAUAAAAAUUUAAUGUUAAUUAAAACUAGAAAUCAAAAACACAUUUAUAUUUAUUUUUCCAGCAUUUUGAUAGACAUUGGCAUCCUGAAGGGUUCCCUGCAAUUUUUCCCAUAUCUAGAGAGAUCAAGCUAAUUAAUAAGAUCCCCCCUGACAUUGGUAGGUUCAUUGAAAUUUCUUUUUUUAUUAUUAUUCCUUCCCUCUCUUGAUAAGGAUGCUACGUAGUUCAAUUAAUCACAAUAGUGAACACCCCAAAUUAUUCUAUUUUCAAUUUCAGGUAAGCUGGAAAUAUUUUCCAGUUUUUCUCGAAAUCUUAGGUAUCUUGUCUGGGAAGAGAGCUGAAUGGCCUUGGAAAAUUUGGCCAGAUCUCUUGUGAACAUAAAGACCUGUGGAGAUCUUUUCCAUUUUGGAGCUGUAUUAGAGACCAGAGAAAAGAUGGAGGGACAACACUCAGCAGAAGCAGAAAUUAGAAAAGGCCCUCCAGCUGCUCAGCCUUGGGGCUGUGGGAAGAAUGGGGCAAGUCCUGGGCAGAACAGCCACGAAGAGACAUCCAAUAGUUCAGAGGUCCAGUGCUGUCACUUCAGAAAAGUGCGAUUUCAAGAGGGGAGCCGUCCCCGAGAUAUUUGCACUCAGCUUCACUACCUUUGUCGUCAGUGGCUUCAACCAGAAAAACACACAAAGGCUCAGAUGCUGGACCUGGUGCUCCUGGAACAAUUGCUGGUUGUCCUUCCCCCAGAGAUGGCAAAAUGGGUGCGGGAGUGUGGAGCAGAGACUAGUUCCCAGGCGGUUUCCCUAGCUGAAGGCUUCUUGCUGACCCAGGAGGAGGAAAACAUGCAAGAAGAGUUGCAGGUGGGAGAAUGGAAUCAUGGCAGCUCUAAAGAGGAUCUCUCUGAAUUUGUGAAUUCCUCUCUGGCAGAAUUUUCUGGGAUUAUUAACGCCUAAAGACAUUUGUUCUAUUUUCCCAUGUAUUCGGGGCAGUUCUUCCAUUCUGUUUCAGCAAUGGACAUUGGGGGCUGCUAGUUUGAGGGUACACUGUGAUAAUUCAUUUCUAUCUCUGUACUCUUUGUUUCUCGUAUCACGUCAUAUCUAGAAAUCCAUGGAAACUUUGAUUGAAUAUCCCAAGGGGGGUAAAGAUUCAUUCAGAUCUCCUCAAGAGCUGCUCUUCAGGGGGAACUUCCAAAAAGAUCAUAGUCAAGACGCUACGCAAGAGAGUAGAAAACUGUCCUUGGAGUUUUUAGAAUCACCUCUUUAUACUGGAGCUGCUGAAGGAUUAGCUGAACCGCUUCUUCAGGAUGUUGUGUCUUUUGAGGAAGUGGCCGUGUAUUUCUCCAAAGAGGAGUGGUCUCAACUGGAUGCUGACCAAAAAGCUCUCCAUAGAGAAGUCAUGCUGGAGAAUUCCAGGAAUCUGCUUUUUCUGGAAGAAAUGUCCCAUCAUCCCAUUUCUCAUAAAAAGACAUAUUCAGAAGAGAAACGAUUUACCUGCAUGGAGUGUGGAAGUACCUACUCUUAUAAGUACUCCCUUAUAAUUCAUCAAAGGUCUCACUCAGGAGAACGACCUUAUCAAUGCAUGGAGUGUGGAAAAAAGUUUAGUUGUAGCAGUCGUCUUAAUGGCCACAAGAGGAUCCACACAGGAGAAAGACCUUAUAAAUGCAUGGAAUGUGAAAAGACCUUUACUUGGAGCAGUCAUCUUCUUCGCCACAAGAGGAACCACACGGGAGAGAAGCCAUAUCAAUGCAUGGAGUGUGGAAAGAGCUUUGCUAAUAGCAGUCAUUUUAAUUCCCACAAGAGGAGCCACACAGGAGAAAGACCUUAUAAAUGCAUGGAGUGUGGAAAGAGCUUUACUCGUAGCAAUCAUCUUUAUCGCCAUGAGAGGAGCCACACAAAAGAGAAGCCAUAUUGAAAGGAUAGAGGUGGGAGGAAAAAUUAGAUUGCGUAGUCAAAUAGAGGGAAUAAAAGACCCAAAGGACAAAUAUGGAAGGAAAACUAAAAAGAAAAUAAUAUUAAAGGUUCCAAAGCGAGUAAGAGAUGAAGGAUAAAGGAAAAUAGAGUUAAAUAAUAUUUUUAUGAAUAUAUUUCAAUAAAGUUUAUUAAUACCAGAA